AUGUGUGCCAGAAAAAGCUUAUUGAUAGCCCCAUUGCUAUUAGCACUAAUUUCAGGUCGAAGCAUUAAUGUUUUGUAUAGAACAAGAGCUUGGCAGUCAUCUACUGCCUCUGGUGGAGAUGCUGGACGAGCUGUUGAUGGAAACACUUCUCCCAUUUACUCAGAUGGGUCAUGCACUCAUACAAAUUCAGGAGUGGGCAACUGGUGGAUUUCUGAUAUGUACGAUGUCAAACACAUCUAAACAGUAAUGAUUUUCAACAGAGAAGAUGCUGGCCCAGAAAGAUUGACUAACUAUUAAAUCAGAGUGGGAAAUAGCUCAGACCCUGGUUCAAACCCUAUAUGUUUCACAAACUAAGGGACAGGAGGUGGGAUUUUUUCUUGUGAUUAAUGGGGAAGAUAUCUUGCAAUUGUUUUAAAUUCAAACAACCCUCUCACUCUUUGUGAAGUAAAAGCAUUUGAAGGUCCUAACAUUGCUCUGAAUCAUUAGGCUGUGUAAAGUUCAACAUCAAGCGGAGGAGACGCAAACAGACCUAUCAGAAAUAACUUCUUUUCUUCUUACUGGGGGAAGAAUACUUGCACUCAUACAAACUAAGAAUCACAACCUUAUUGGUACGUUGAUCUUGGUAGUGAGUAACUUAUUGCUGGAGUCUCUAUUGCCUCAAGAUGGGAUUGCUGUGGUGAAAGAACUACAAACUAUUAAGUAGUAGUAGGAAACUCAGCUGAUGUCAACUUAAAUACUCCAUGCUCUGGUAACCCAACUAGAGAUGCAGAUGUUUAUUGCGGACUCUCGGGAAGAUUUGUAGGAAUUAAGGCCUCAAAUUAAGUUCUUCAUUUGUGCGGUAUUGCUAUAAUUACUGGAACAGUGGGAGCUCCUACAGGCUAUUGGGAGAUGGUGGGCUCUGGAGAAAAUAUUGUUCACUCCUUUGAAAGAGGGGUUUAGAUGACGGAUGGAACAGAAACAACUACGAGUGAUACUCAUACAGUAUCCAUUUCAAUUGAGUAGUCCUUUUCCUUCUUUAAGAUUGGAGAAUCUUCGGUCUCAAUGGGCUAUGAAUAUUCACGCUCAGUAGCUAGCACAGUUAGAAAAGAUAUUACCAAGCAUGUCACCACUGGUUGUUCAUCAACCUGCAUGACUGACGGCUCUCGCAUUGUUUAUGUUUGGUAAUGGAUGAUGAAGGGAACCAAUGAUUGGGGUGCUGUUGAUGAGAGCUGGAACUUAUUCACUUGCAACUUUGUCUGCAGAUACGAGCCGACAUCACCAAGAUGCCCAUUAACCAAAUGUGCUGAUAAGGAAUGCAACACUUGCACAAAUGGAGUCACCUACAGGGCUUAAGUCUCUUCAAAGAAGCAAUCUUCUUUAAUUUAAUUGUUAGCAGCCCAUUGA